AUGAAGCUCGUCAAACUCUUGGGCGCCAUGAUCGCUCGUUUCGCCUGCGCUUGCCAGGUCCACGCCGACGGGUGCCAAUCGGCAGAAAAUAGCGGGUGGUGAGUCUCCUUUUCUGUUCGAACACGUUGCCCUACCGAAUACUCACUCCAUCUCGUCGAAUUCAGAGGCUGCGCUCUGGUAGUUGCGCUCUUCACUUCUUUGAGUGCCUAGCAAGGCUCCAGGAGAUGAUUGGCUCGGACGGGUGCGCUUGAGUAUUCCCCUCGUAUCAGGUUGGGUGCCGCACUUACUUGAAGCUCCGUACUGAUAAGCGUUGUACCCGGUCAUCAAGACAAGACGACACGACACUCAAAAACGGAAGGGCCGAUUGCAUCAAGGCCUUCGACAAGUUCGAUACCACUAAGAAUUAUGCCGACUGCGUCAGUGUCCAAUGCGGGAGCUGUGAUAAGUGGCACAAGUGGUACGACCUAUUCUGGUGAAUCCCAUCCGUUUAUCGUUCGCUCUUCACCUUUUGAUCCCGCUAACCCCGCUGACGAGAAUUUUCUCUGGGUCUUCCUCUUUUGUACGUCGAGAAGGCUAAUUUGGGGCCGUCAUUUGUGUCAUAAUCGUCAAAAGAAACAUUGCCACGCCGUUUGGAUGGAUGACUCAUGA